AUGGACCCCUUGAGCCUGAGAAGACUAGAACGGGAGCGUUUCGCCGCCCAGUUUACGGAUCCAACCAUAGGAAGGCAACUAGACGAACUCGUGAAGAGCAACGACAUCCUGUCUGGUACAGAGUCACAAAGACUUCGCUCCUACUUCUCUAACAAUGGCUUGGAGCCUGCCCGCCACCUCGACAUAUAUGGACGGGCCAUAAUGAUGGGGGACCUCGAAAGCAUCAAGCUCUUUUACAACGCCAGCCUCGAUGAACAUGGUCUAAAAUGCGACUCUGGCGACACUGCUCGCGCCGCCGCCACCCGCGAGAUUUACGAAAAGCGCUGGGGCCCGACACGUGUUCCGGUAUACAACCUGAUCCUCCUCAGUACACUCAUCAUGCCCCCAAUGCGCAGGCAGCACCUCGAGGUUGCGCGGUGGCUCAUUGAUGAGGCGAAGGUGCCCGUCGACGGCAAGGACCUUUCUGGGUCGACGGCGCUCCACCACGCCAUCUCGACCAAGCCCGCCUUCGAUCCUGAGUACGCACAGAUGCUCUAUGACGCUGGGGGCAUAGUGACGCUCCGCAACCGGUAUGGGGGCACACCCGCCCACGAGAUCGUCAUGACGUGGGAUCCGACGAAUAGGGAGGCCGUCCGCAAGGCUGCUGACGCCCUGAAGUGGUAUCUCGACCAUGGGGGCAACCUGGAGAUCAAGGACUCGGACGGGGUUGCGGUCCGCCAUUCAGUUAACUCCACGAAGAACUUCGCGCGGAAGGGGAUCCAAAUGGAAACGUGGCGUGUGGUGGACACGGAGGACAGGCGGCGCGCGAAUCUCGCAGGCAAGAUAUGCACGUUCUGCGGGAGGGAGCCGGGAGGAGACGUGAGGUUGCUACUGUGCUCGAAGUGCAGAGUUGCGCACUAUUGCUCCGGGGGGCGGCCGUGUCAGAAGGCGGACUGGCCCUACCAUAAGUCGGUUUGCAAAGCCACGCCAACUGCGUAAGCGGAGUUUAGGUAUCUUACACGUGGGGAACAUGGCAAACAGUAAUAACUUGAUAUUGACUCGCAUUCGCGCCUCA